GAGGCGCCGCGACGUCACCGCGCUCGUUCUGGUGGGCGGGGCUUCCCGGCGGGCGGCCAAGAUGGCGGAGCUAGACCUGUUGGGCUCCAUCCUGAGCGCCAUGGAGCCGCCGCCGGCGCUGGGCGACCGAGAGGCGAAGCGGGCUAAGGAGCAAACAGCACAGCUGAAGAAGCUUCAGGAGCAAGAGAAGAAGCAGAAAGUCGAGUUCAGGAAGCGGAUGGAGAAGGAGGUCUCCGAUUUCAUCCAAGACAGCAGCCAGACCAAGAAGAAGUUCCGGCCCAUGAACAAGAUUGAGCGCAGUAUUCUGCACGACGUGGUAGAAGUCGCAGGCCUCACCUCCUUCUCCUUUGGCGACGACGAGGAGUCCCGAUACAUCAUGGUUUUCAAGAAGGAAUUUGCCCCCUCGGAUGAAGAGCUGGACGCCUACCGCCGGGGAGAGGAGUGGGACCCCCAGCAGGCCGAGGAGAAACGCCGGCUGAAGGAACUGGCUCAGCGGCAGGCGGAGGAGGAAGCCCUGAAAGGCCCCACCGUGGUCAACCCCAACACUGACUACAAGGACAAGUACAGCCACCUGAUUGGGAAGGUGGCGGCCAAGGAUGCGGCCCACACCAUGGAAGCCAACAAGGCCUACGGCUGCGUUCCCGUCGCCAACAAGAGAGACACGCGCUCCAUCGAGGAGGCCAUGAACGAGAUCCGAGCCAAGAAGCAGCGCCUCCGCCAGACUGAGGACGAGGGUCCUCCUCCGCCCGCCAGCAGCUCGUAGGGAUUGGGGCCGCCGGCAGCGGCUGGGUUCGCUCCCCGUCGGGUGAUUUCAGGGACUUGCCUCCGGAGCUGCUGCUGCUGCUACUUCUGUGGAACCCUCCCGGGGGCUCCCCAGAGCGGAUUAGGAGGGGGACCCUCACAAAACAUCCCUCCCCCUCCUCCCUAGGUGCACCCCAGCCCUUUUGAGUAGUUGACCCCUAGCCCAGGGUGGCGUUAGCAUGCUAGCGGGCGAGGAGGAGGAGGGUUUGUAAAGGUUUUUAUCUUCUGCGUGUGAGAAAAGAGGCUGAGACUGGUGUAGCAAGGUGGGAGGGUGUUAAGAGAAUAAAUAAUAUUAACCCCCCCAAAAAACACCACAAUUCCCCUUUUGUGUGCUGUUCAGACCUCUGCAACUGAAGUUGCCCCUUUUAAUCCUGUAGUGUGGUCCCCCCUUGCAUUGAAGCCCCCCACCCUUACCUCUCCUCAUUUUAAAACUCCCCCACCCCGGUUUUUAUUACCACUGCAGUACCAAAUACAAAAUACAAAAUAAAAUACAAAAUUCUGUAUUUUAGAAUUUCUGUUUUGUUGGAGGCCGCCCAGAGUGGCUGGGGGGGCCCGGCCAGAUGGGCGGGGUAUAAAUGGUAAAUUAUUAUUAUAUUAUUACCACUCUCAUCCACCAGAGAGGGCUCCCCCCCUCUGAGCUGCAGUACUCCCUGCGCCCCACCAGGGGGAGCAACCGAGUUGCUGUGCCACGUUCCUGGCAGCAGGUGCCGCUGUUGCUCCUCCUCUCUUCCUCUUUACCCCGCUGUGGGGGUGGGAGGGCAAAGGGGCCUGUUUGCCCCUGUGUGUGCAUUGUGCGUUUGAAAGGAGGGUCCCUUCUGCCUUUGGGGUGUCGAGGUCGAAACAUAACUGUCUCCCCUUUUGUUGUUCUCCCAACGCCGCUGCCAGGUCUGGAGUUUUUAUUCAGUGUGUAAAUAUUUUAAAAAUUCUGUUUGCCUGCCUUCCUGCUAUGGGGAGCCGAUGCCCCCAUUGCACGCACACACACACACCCCGCUCCCACGUGUCACAGGCUCCCAAGGGGGCCUGGCGGUGUGGAUGCUGGAGCUGGGGAGACGCCGCCGGUGUUUGGGCAGAGGGCUGUAUAUGUGUGUGGACAACAUUAAAUGCUUGUUUUGGACGCUG